AAUGCUUCCAUCCCAUUUCAAUUUUUCAUAAGUAUUCAAUCGUUUUAAUCCCAAAGUUGCCUUUUUCAUAAUUGGUGGGAAACCGACUCCUCAUAAUUUUUGAUCGAGUGUUUCCGGCCUGGCUCUUAAAAUAUACCGCAAGUUGUCUGUGCAGGCCCGCGACAUCUAAUUUGAAUUUUAGUAUUAUGAUAAUAAUUUUCUUUCUUGAUGUUGCAUUAUUCAUCGUAGUAAGAAGAUAGAAGAGCUGGCUAAAAUGAAUUCAACCCCAUCUCAGGAUGAGAUCGUAGCUAGCACUAAGCUGGUGGUCCAGGGACUCGAGGCCCUUAAAAGCGAACACAAUACGAUACUCAACAGCGUGAAUUCUCUCAAAUCCACAAAAAUAGAUCAACCGGAAAUGGAAAUGGUGGAGGAAAAGGCGAAGAUAUUUUCCAAGUUGAUCGAGAUGAUCGAUUUGGCACUGAACGAAGCUCAGAUUAUGAUGACCCUUUCAAACCAUUGGCAAAGCAACGAAUCCGAGAAGCAAAAGCUCAAGUUAGAUGUCGAUCCUCAAUUAAGAAUGUCCAGAAAUUUAUAUGAAUAUCUUAAAGGAAUGGCCAAGAUAUGUAAGAAACAUAUUGACGGGUUCAAAGUUUUAGAAGUUGAAUCGGACAAACACAAUGUCUUACAACUUCUCCAAAAAAUGAAUGAUGUUAUUAGCAUCAUUAUUGACGGGUUCAAAGUUUUAGAAGUUGAAUCGGACGAACGCAAUGUCUUACAACUUCUCCAAAAAAUGAAUGAUGCUAUUAGCAUCAUGAUUCCAAAAUUUAAAAACAUGGACAAAACUGAAAAAUACUCUACCACCAUAAAUGACUUGAACAAAAGUAUAUUUAUAAAUAGAAACAAACUAAACAACAAAGUAGAGGGUAAAACCAUGGUUAUAAUCAACUCCAAGACUUAUGAAGACACUUUUGAAAAGGAUGGCAACAUAAGGUUAAUCAACGAUAAGAAUGAAAGAGAGUUUGUGGGGGCUGAAUCUAUCAAAAGGCUAAUGGAAUUAAGAACGGAAUACGCCGCCCGUAGGAUCAGUGCAGAUCGAACGACCUUCCCCGCACCGCAGAAAUAGAGCGGAUUUAAAUUUAUCUAAUCGGCCGUCGUCAAGAUCGGUUGUAUGUGGGGUAAGUAAAAUCUAGUCGCGAAUGAUUUAUUGAUUUUCAGUAGUAAGUAAAACAAAAUUUUUCGUCGUAGUUUACAUAAAAAAAAAUUAAUGAUCGCGAUUACAUAAUUUACACCUAUAUAUAUAUGUGUAUACAGGGCCUUAGUUACGAAUUUU